AUGCCCUCCCUCUCGCGUAUCCUGUUCCUUCAACCACUCACCCUCGUCUCCGCCGGUGGCGUUUGCGGUAACAACAACUUUGCCCGCCGCGCCGAGUGCUUCAAGUGCGGUACGGCCCGUCCCGCCGACGCGGGCGCCGGCGGUGGCGGCGGCGGCGGCGGCGGCCGGUAUGGCGGCGGAAGAGACGACAGGGGGGGUGAUCGCUACGGGGGUGGGAGAAGCGACGACAGGGGGGGAGAUCGUUACGGUGGGGGGAGAGGGGACGAUAGGGGCAGGGGCGACGACAGGGGGAGGGGGGAUGACCGCGGGAGAGAUGACAGGGGAAGGUCGGACGAUAGGCGCGGGGGGGAUGACAGGCGCGGCGGGGACUACGGGUCUCGCGGAGGAGACCGCGACGGGGGGCGUGGGGAUGGGGGCCGGGGGGGCGGAGAUUAUGGCGGGCGCGGUGGGGGAGACUAUGCGCGGGACGACAGAGGCGGUGGCGGAGGGGGAGGGGGUUCCGCGGGCGGGGGAUACGGCGGAGGAGGGGGAUAUGGGGAGGACGGCGGGGCGGACAGUGGGGUCGGGGGGGGAGCGCCGGGGGUGAAGCAGUGCGACGAGAAUUGCCCCCCGGAUUGCGACAAUGCGCGGAUUUAUAUUUCCGGUCUGCCCAAGGACGUCACUGUUGACGAGCUGUGCAACCUGUUCGGCGGCAUUGGGAUGAUCGCGCGCAUCAAGCAGAAGCGCGGGUACAAGGACCAGUGGCCGUUCAACGUGAAGCUCUACACGGACGAGAGGGGGCAGAACAAGGGCGACGGCGUGCUCACCUAUGAGGACCCACAGGCCGCCCACAGCGCUGGUGGCUUCUUCAACGGUCACACCCUGCGAGGCAGCACCAUCAAAGUGGGAAUGGCCGAAAAGUCAGCUCCGCGGCCGGGAGGAGGAGGCGGACGAGGAGGUGGAGGCUUCAGGGGAGGGCGAGGGGGGUUCGGGGGAGGGGGAGGCUUCAGAGGGGGAGGGGGGCCGGACCGCAGGGACUUUGACAGGGGGAGGCCGCGCCCCUACUGA